AUGUCGGCCGAGAUCGUUACGCAAGAUCCAAUCAACUCUCACGACGAGCACGACGACCUGGAGAAUGGUGCCGGCGAACCUCGCGGCAUCAAGCGCUCGCGCACCAGUGCCGCUGCCGACGACGAUGAUGACGACGACGACAAGCCUGGUCGUGAGAGGAGGAAGAUUGAGAUCAAGUUCAUCCAGGACAAGUCGCGUCGUCACAUCACCUUCUCGAAGCGCAAAGCUGGUAUCAUGAAGAAGGCAUAUGAACUGUCCGUCCUCACUGGCACACAAGUACUGCUUCUCGUCGUGUCCGAGACCGGUCUCGUCUACACCUUCACUACGCCCAAGCUUCAGCCAUUGGUCACCAAGCCAGAGGGCAAGAACCUCAUUCAGGCCUGUCUUAAUGCUCCCGAACCAGCCGACAGCAACGGCGUAGAUGGUGAAUCCGCGGUCGAGUCACCAGAAGAACAACACGCCGCUCCUCCACCAAUGCCACAGGCCAUGCCACCCCAAGGCAUGCGCACCCAGCAAGCUGCCGCUCAACCUCCCUAUAUGACCGCAGAUCAACAGCAGGCAUUACAAUAUCAGGCUUACCUGCAGCAACAGCAAGCGGCGCAGCAAGGCGCGUACCCGAUUCCGCCACAGCAGGGCAUGCAUCAGCAGCGUUAG